AAGGGAAUGAAAGAUUUUCCAUUUUGGCCAAAAAAAUAAAAAUAAAUCACGGGGACUUGUAUCUUUUUCCUAAAAUAUUUUUAAGGUCUAACAAUGAGGGUUGAAAAUAGUUAGUACUACAAAUCUAGUGACCAUAUUAUAUCAACAUAAAUCAUCUUCUUCUUUUUUCUUGUGUAAAGAAAACUGAUUAUGGCUUUGGAGUUUUAAAAGGUGUGAUCUAAGGAAGCAGAGUUACACAAAAUUCUGGAGCUGAUCUACUGAGUAGCAAAGCUUUUUAAAGAGCACAAAACUCUCAGAUCCAACAGAAGUGGAUUUGCAUUUUGUAGUUUAUCUGCAUACAUUCAAGAGACAACAAAAUGGUAUGAAAGUUGUGCUAGUAUGGAGAUGUAAGAGAAGGAGUGCAAAUUUCUAAGAAUGAGUAACAAGGAGGAUGAGCAGUAUGAUGUUGGAGAAGUCAAAAAGAGUGGUGACCUAGGUGGUGGGAUUGGGAAAUUAUAUGGUUGGCCUACAUCAAGAAUUGUUAGAGUUUCUCGUGCAUCUGGAGGAAAAGAUAGGCAUAGCAAAGUAUUGACUUCAAAGGGGUUAAGAGACAGACGUGUUCGUCUUUCUGUCAAUACUGCUAUACAGUUCUAUGAUUUGCAAGACCGUCUUGGCUGUGAUCAGCCCAGCAAGGUUGUAGAGUGGUUGUUAAAAGCAGCCGCUCCUUCAAUCGCUGAGCUUCCACCUCUUGAGGCUCUUCAAGAUACACUGCAGCUCAGCGAUGAGAAAAGGUCAAGUGAGCAGGGUUUUGAUUCAGCUGAUAUUGAAAUGGAUGAUGAUCUUAAUUAUAAUAAUCAGCAACAACCAAGUUGUAGCAAUUCUGAGACUAGCAAAGGUUCUGGAUUGUCACUUUCUAGAUCUGAUAGUCGAGUCAAGGCACGGGAGCGAGCAAGGGAAAGGGCUACAGAGAAAGUUGCUAAUCAUCACCGAAAUAUGCACCCUAACUCAUCUUUUACGGAGCUAUUGACUGGUGGUAUGAGCGAUAACAAAAACAACAAGACUAGUGUUAAUGAUGACCAAAACACACCGAGACAAUGGUCUACAAAUCCCUUGGAGUAUUUUACUGACGGCCAAAUUUAUUUGGGAAAUCCAUUAAGACCAGUGUCUUCACCAAUUUUUAGCAUUACAGGUGAGAUGCAGCAUUUCCCAUUCGGCGGCGACCUAGUUCCAGUUGUGACAAGUAGUAAUAACGAGUACAAUUUGAACUUCAGCAUUUCUUCUUCAUCAUCAUCUGGUUUCAAUAGGGGGACCCUUCAGUCCAAUUCUUCCUCUACUUUGCCUCAUUAUCAGAGGUACGGAUCAUAUCUUGGUUCCACAACUGGAUAUGACAACCAGCAUUCAGAUCAGAAAGGAAAAGAAAAGAAGUAACUUCAAGUUCCAUCUGGUAAUUCAAAAUGGAAGCAGCCUCUAAGUCCCAAAGGAAGCACCCAUAUAUGCUCUUCUCUGCUACAGGCUUAUCAUAUUAUACUAGGAAGCUCCAUAGUUGAAAGUUGAAUUACAAAAAUAUCCCUAAUCAUAUUUAAAAUAACCACUUUGUCCUGAUCAUUUAACUAAUGUUUCAAACUUUUCCUAUUACAGCAUUUGUAUCUUUUGUCUUUUAAACUUCAAUCAGUUAUAUAAUCUAUACUCUUUUCAUAUUCUUUGCA